AUGGCGUCCCCGAUGGCGGUCCUCUCCCGGAGAGGCACCGUUUGCCGGGGCUGCCUUCCAACACUUGCGCGAGGGGCAGCGCCAGGACAGCGAAGAAGUGUCUCGAUGAAGUUCUUACAAAAGACGGCGGAUGCCGAGGCGGCCUGGGAAGAAAACUCGAUGUUAAUCAGGGCCGGGGAAAAACCCCACCUGUUCGAUAUUUUGGAGGAACGAGGCUUCGUACACCAAACGGCUGGGUCGCCCGAAUUGAUUCGCAAAAUCAUGCUCAAGCACCGGGUAUCCGCCUACGUUGGCAUCGACCCAUCGGCGGCCUCGUUGCACAUAGGGCAUCUUCUCCCUCUGAUGCCAAUAUUUUGGAUGUACAUGCAUGGGUAUGGCGCUCACACGCUCAUCGGUGGGUCGACGGUGAAGAUUGGUGAUCCUACGGAUCGCCUUAAAGACCGGGAGGCUAUCAAGGGCGAGGUGCUUGCCAUAAAUCUUACCAAGAUCCACUUUCAACUGAAGAAGCUAUGGGAUAACGUCGAGAUCAUGGCGAGGCGGUUUGGGUACCAAAAGGAGUGGGCUUGGAGGCGGGGUUUGAUCAAUAACAACGUUUGGUGGAACUCGACUCCGUUUCUGGAGGUCCUAAGAAGGGUGGGCAAGUCCACUCGCGUAGGGCCGAUGCUGUCUCGCGAGACGGUCAGACGGAAGAUGGAAGAAGGGGAUGGCAUGUCGUUCGCCGAAUUCGCAUAUCCCAUAAUGCAGGGCUGGGAUUGGUGGAUGUUGUACAACAGGCUCAAGGUGCAGAUGCAAAUUGGCGGUUCCGACCAGUACGGCAACAUUAUCGCCGGCAUAGACAUUUUCAAUACGGCACGAGACAACGAGCCUGACCCCUCCAAGGCUGAAACUCUCACGUUGAAGAACACCCCGAUCGGGUUCACUGUCCCGCUCUUGACGGACUCGUCCGGCGUCAAGUUCGGAAAGACAGCGGGCAAUGCGGUGUGGCUCGACCAAUACAUGACGUACACCCACGACUUGUACGGCUAUCUUGUUCGCAGGCCCGAUUCCGAGGUGGAGCGCCUCUUGAAGCUGUUCACUUUCCUCCCCCUACCGGAUAUCGAGGAGAUCAUGGUGCAGCAGAGGGAGGAUCCGUCCAAGCGCGUCGCCCAACACCGACUCGCUAGUGAGGUUGUUUCAUUGGUUCAUGGCUCGGCAGCGGCACAGGAAGCAGAGCAGCGGAACAGGAUGAUGUCCGGCCAGGGUGGGGUGACCAUUGCGAUGGAAAAUAAGGAACCGGACAGCGAGUACGACAUGCCACCGCACCAGACAACACUCAACACCGCACCUCGGAUUGACAUGACGCUACCGAAAUCGUUGAUCCUGGGCAAAUCGAUUGGGCGUAUUAUGUAUGGCGCCAAGCUUGCUUCAAGUAUCAAGGAGGGCCACCGACUUGCCACCCAACAAGCCGCUUACAUCGCCGGUAUGCCUGGCCGCCCCGUAGGACUCGGCCAGCCCAUGGAUCCCGCCCAGCUUACUUGGACUCCUAUCAAAAUCUGGUUGCCGGAGGAGACUCAGAAGUACCUGAUCGGGGGCAAAAUCCUCAUUCUCCGUCGUGGCAAACACAACGUGCGCAUCAUCAAGGUGGUCAGUGACGAGGAGUACAAGGCCUCCGGCAAGACCUAUCCCGGUCAGCCAUACGCCGGCCGUCUUCGUCGUCUCCGCGAGACGUUGAAAUUGAUGAAGGAUGGGGAGAUAACGAUAGAAGAUGCAAGACAGGUGGUGGACCACAUUAUGCCAAUACAGUCGCGGCCGGGUUUGAACUUCCCAGCUAUGGGUCGGGGGGCCGGCGAAUUGACAGCACUCCAGACUCAGAUAGAGGCGUUCCUCGAACAGGCGCAAACGGAAGAAAAUAAUGACGAAGAGGAUAACGAAGAGGAUUGGGACACACCAUCGCGGCGGCUUUCGGACAAAUCAACCUCGGGUUGGAGGUAG